AAUCGAAAUGUCCUUAAGUGGAGAAGAGUAGGGGGUUGGGCUUGAUUGAUUAGUUGUAGGAGGAAACAUAACUUCUAACUACAACUUUACAGUUAUCGUAAAUUAUAUACCAUGGACAAUUUAUUUCGUUUACACUAGUCUGUGGUUAUUAAUUUGAUCGUGUUUUGCUAAAGCUCACAGAUAACACGCAGCAGCACUAUAUAUCUAGCUAGCUAGGCUUUACUUGUUGAUAAAGUCGUUAGCUAAAUGCCAUUUAACUAGUUAUCUCUCGAUUAGCUGGAUUCCAAGGCAAUUUGCACCAACAAGCUGAGGAAUAGACCGUUUUUUUAUAAUUUCGGUUCGAUCACAACAUCGCUCAUUUACGCAUAGACCCAGUGGGUCCAUCGACCGCAACGGCGCGAGAGGUUUGAAGGCCUGGGGGACAGGUUCGGAAUGUUGGGGGGAAACGGGGCAGGAAUAGGUACAAGACCAGGGGGCGCACGACCUGGAAAUGGGACUGGGUUGACCGCUCUGCAAGUCAAUAACCCGGGAACGAACAUGAGUGGUGCCGAAGGUGGAAGGUUUGACGACCGAAUCAGACAAUACUCAGCCGAGGUGGUGUACAGCGGCUCUGAACCAGAGUCCGACUCCGGGGAUGAUGAUGAGACCAUGGGCUCAGCCGGGGACAAAAGAGGGGUGAAACGGGAGAGAGCUGAGAUGGAAGUCGCUGCAUCGGCGACGUCUGUGGGGCUACCCCCGGGAGGUUAUGGCGGUGUCACGGGAGGUACAACCGGGGCAAAGCCAGGCAAGAAAACCCGCGGACGAGUCAAGAUCAAAAUGGAAUUUAUAGACAACAAACUUCGGCGGUACACAACCUUUAGCAAGAGGAAGACUGGCAUUAUGAAGAAGGCCUACGAGCUCUCCACUCUAACGGGCACCCAGGUCCUCCUCCUGGUGGCCAGCGAGACAGGCCACGUCUACACGUUUGCCACACGCAAGCUCCAGCCCAUGAUUACCAGCGAGACGGGCAAGGCGCUCAUCCAGACGUGCCUCAACUCGCCCGACUCGCCGCCCCGCAAUGACCCGUCCACCGACCAGCGCAUGAGCGCCACAGGCUUCGAGGAGACGGACCUCACCUACCAGGUGUCGGAGGGUGACGGCUGCACAGAGCACACCAAGGACAUGAUGAAGCCGACGUUCACCAUGGCCAAUCUGCCUGCCAGUGUCAACACCCAACCCACGUCGUCGUCGUCGUCCUCUUCCUCCACCACCUCCUCCGUGGCCAUGCACUUGCAGAACAGCAUCCCUGCCACCUGCUGGCAGGUCUCGGCGGGCAUCAAUACUCACAGUGCCACCAGCAGUGCCAACGGCACGGUGCUGAAGACCUCGGCCACGUCAACGAGCGUCAUGCUACCUGGAGGGUUCACCCUCAUGUCCGGCGCAACGCUUCCCCCUGGCACACACACCAUUCCACUCAGUCAGCUGCAGGCCUUCCAGGGCCCCUUGGCCCAGACCAGCAUCACCACCGCAGGGCACACCCAGCAGGGCCAGCACACCACCCUGCUCCGCCUACCUGCAACUGUCUCGCUCACAGGUGGAGGGAUGGGCCAGCAGCUGCAGGCCAUUCAAGUUCACCCCAGCAGCCAGCAGAGCUCUGUGAGCCACAGUGACCUCUCCCACAUCACAAGCAACUCCACAGUGAGCCUCCCCACCACCAUUGUCACGUCCUCAGUGCCCUCAUCAAUGGGUGGUCACAUGAUGUACCCCGGCGCCCACACUGUCAUGUACGCCACACCUACGACCUCGUUGGGUGACGGCAGUCUGACCGUGCUCAACACCUUCCCACAGACAGCCCAUACACAGUCCCAUGACCCCGGCGCUGUAUCGCAGGUGUUCCUCACAGGACAUCCUGGGACAGUUCAGAUCCCUGUGUCAGCAGUACAGCUCCACCCGAUGGUGAUUGGUCAGCAGUCAAGCAGCAGCAACCUCACAGAGCUUCAAGUGGUCAACCUGGACGCCCAUCAUCACUCAAAGGAUGAUUGACCCGCCUACAUAUCAAUAGACUGCUCUACCCAGACACACAUUUAAAUGCACAAACACCAGGGGAUCACUGACGCCUUGCCAACAGACUGCCACCCCCUAUUUAUUACUGCCUUUUCACAGCAAUGAUUUUCUUUUCUUUUUAAUUUUAAUAAACCUUGUAAGAAUAUGCACACACACUUACAAAGGGUUGAGGUGUGGUACUGCCAUUUUAGUUGGUUUACAUUUUUGUAUAUUUGUCUUAUUUUCUUUCUCUGCAAGAGUUGCUUGGCUUGACAUAUCCACAUGUUGCUGGGGCUACAGCUUCACAUUUCAAUCAGACACGUGUAGUGUGUGCACAUACCAGUUAUACGUAUGUGAACUGAAGAGGUUUUGGUAUUUUGUUUUUCUUACGAAUGUAUUCUCUUUUAAGCCCCCUGGGCAUCCAAAUGUUGAUUACUUAUAUUUUUCUCAUGUUGGCAUAUGAAUGAUAGCUCUACAAUACCAGUUGCUGUCAUUAGGGUAAUCAUGUUUUUAUUUCAUUUCUGGGGGGAAAUGUGCCAUUGAUGCCAGUAUCUAUUUUCUGAUAAUGCUACAGUUAAAUAUAUAUGCAUAGAAACAAAGCAUUACCCUCAAAAUCAAGUAUAUGUCAGAUUCACAUAUUUGUACCUUAUGACUCUGCCAUGUAGCUUGACUGUGCUAUGCUUCUAUGCUGUGCUAGAGUGGGCUGAUACACUGACUUGCCCUUGUACUCGGGCAGGGUACCACCACUGGUUUAGAUAGUGCCCUAUCAUUCUGUAGGUUAAGGAAUUACUUUAGAACAUCACAAGGUUAAUCUGGAAGACUGGCGCAGGCACUUUUUAUCUUCUCUGUGUGAAUCUACAGCACUUACUGUGUUGCUGCAUAGAUAGUACUGUAUUUCCCAUCAACUACUGAACUAUUACCCCAAUUGUAAAGGGGUGUUUUCAGGAUGCUGGUUAUGAUUUCAAUAUUGAAGGACAUUGUCUUAGUACAUAAUACCCAAGUUUUUAUAUUUUUUUACACAUGCAAGUAUGCCGGUCUAGUUUGUCAUAGACCUAUUACAGCAUUUUGAAGAUUUAACUAUCUGGGUUGUGUUUAUCUGGGCUCCCAAGUGGCGCAGCGGUCUAAGACACUGCAUCUCAGUGGAAGAGGUGUCACUACAGUCCCUGGUUCGAAUCCAGGCUGUAUCACAACUGGCCGUGAUGGGGAGUCCCAUAGGGCGGUGCACAAUUGGCGUCGUCGGGGUUUGGCCGGAGUAGGCCGCCAUUGUAAAUAACAAUUUGUUCUUAACUGACUUGCCUAGUUAAAUAAAGGUUAAAUAUAAAAAAUUAAUUGGGCACCAAACGGAAGAAAACUACCAUAUCAAAGCCUGUUUAGCCCAUAUUUUAGAAAUCUGCUCUGCAAUGUUGGGUGUUAGUAUAACUGCACAAGUGUGGUUUUUAAAGAGGAAAUCAUUAAGCCAGUAUUUAUCGGUGUGGUUCUCUUGGGCUCAACCAUUGCCAUCAUGAUGGAAAAGCAACAUCAAAAUGUUUAAUGAGUAGUAAUGUUAAUUUACUUUUGUGGGAAUCCUUGAAGGGCAAGCACCACUUUCUAUCACUUAACUUGCCUGAAAAAAGACACACAAACACACACACAGCUUCAUGCACACAUUCUCUACCACGUGAACAUCUUCUGAGAUGGUUUUUGACUGUUAACCAUUGUCACCUAUGUAAAAUAUAUAUUCUUCAAUUUAAAUGUAUAAAUAAAAAUGUUUGUCGUUGGUCA